GAACCGAGGUCAUGAAGGCAGCUGUGUCCCCAAGGUGAAGAGGCCCUGGAAAUUGCCUUUUCCCCCUCUGGGGCCAGAGACUUCCUUUAUUUUCCAAGCUGAUGUCUCUCCUCUGGUUAGUUGGUUCUGGGUGGUGCGGAGGGUGUUCUGAGUAAGCACCGGUGGAGGGAGCCCUAGCUGGGAUGGUCAGCAGUGUGCACCAAUGAGCACCUCCGAGAAACAAGACAGUCAUUUCCUCUCAGUUGCCUGCAUCCCUUCUUGAGGCUUUAAGAAGUGCAGCCCGAGUGACAGGAGGGGCCUUCAGGCAUCGUUGGUCACCACAGAGCCCAGGAGAAGCCAGGACAUGGUGAGUGGGUUCCUCUCUCUGCUCAUUCUCCCUCUCUGACUUUCUUUGCUCUGUUCCUACCCCGAGCUCCUUUCAUCUACCCUUUCUUGCCUGCGUCCUUAGGUCACACUCUGAGGAUGGGAUGUGGCAAGGGACUAAGAGGAGUUAUGGAUGGGUACCACAGCAGCCUCACCAGAAUGUAGGCUCGACAAGGUUCUUAAGGACAGGAAACCCUGGAGUCAGCUCUCCUAACUGAAAAGUUCUAGAAGUUGGGCAUGUUCAUUUACACCUGUAAUAUGAGCCCUCAAGAGGCCAAGUUCAGGGCCAGCCUGGGUUACGUAGUGACUUUAAUUCAGGCUAGCGUGAGCUACACUGUGGGAUGCUGUGUUGAGAGACAAAUGGGCAGGAGGUAGAGAUCCGAUGUGAGAGUGCUCUGUGGGAGUACUGCAAGCCAUGGGUCCAAUGACCAGCACCCCAUAAGACUGGGUGGGGUGGCACAUGUACUUAGGAGGCAGAAGAAGAGGUGGAAGUUCAAUCUUAUAGAGUAAUUCUGAGGUUAACCUGGGCUACAUGAGACCCUACCUCAGAAAAACAAGAACAAAAAAUAAUUUUGCAAAUUAGCCCUGGUGUUGUCUCCAUCCUGCUCUCCCAGCCUCCAGCAGAGGCUUGAGGACUUGUGGGAAGCACAGGCAACUUUGUUGAGACUUUGUCUCAAAAACAAAACAAAACAAAAAAAACAAAACAAAAAACAAAAACCCAAACAAUAUGAAUAAAGGAAGGAAGAAUGAAACAAGUGCAGAAACUGGUUGGGAUUUAGAGCACUGCCUAGCCUAAGUGUGGUCCAGGGUUCUGUCUCCUACACUGUUCUAAAACUGCCAAGCAGAGGCUGGGUGCUGUGGUGCACGCCCUUAAUGCUAGCACUUGGGAAGCACAAUCAGGAUGGAUCUCUGUGAGUUCGAGGCCAGCCUGGUUUACAUGGUGACAGAGUGAGAUCCUGCUUCCAGAAAAAAAGAAGAAGAAGAAGAAGAAGAAGAAGAAGAAGAAGAAGAAGAAGAAGAAGAAGAAGAAGAAGAAGAAGAAGCAGCCAAGUAAAGAAAUCUAAGGAAGGACCCCAUAAGUAACGACAGCAGUGAAAUCACCUAUGAUUACUCUGAUGGAACCCCAAAUCCUGACAUGCCUGCAGAUGGCGUUUACAUUCCGAAGAUGGAACCUGGGGACAUUGCAGCCCUUAUUAUCUACUUGGCCGUGUUCCUGGUAGGAGUUACCGGAAAUGCCCUGGUGGUGUGGGUGACAGCCUUUGAGGCCAAACGUACUGUCAACGCCAUUUGGUUUCUGAAUCUGGCGGUGGCCGACCUCCUCUCGUGCUUGGCACUGCCUAUCCUGUUUACGUCCAUUGUAAAGCAUAACCACUGGCCCUUCGGUGACCAGGCCUGUAUAGUCCUGCCCUCGCUCAUUCUGCUCAACAUGUACUCCAGCAUCCUGCUGCUGGCCACUAUUAGUGCCGACCGUUUCCUGCUGGUGUUCAAACCCAUCUGGUGUCAGAAGUUCCGCCGGCCUGGCCUGGCCUGGAUGGCUUGCGGAGUAACCUGGGUCUUAGCAUUGCUCCUCACCAUUCCGUCCUUCGUGUUCCGGCGGAUACAUAAGGACCCCUACUCAGAUAGCAUUCUAUGUAAUAUUGACUAUAGUAAGGGUCCGUUCUUCAUAGAGAAGGCUAUAGCCAUCCUGCGGCUGAUGGUGGGUUUCGUGUUGCCUCUGCUCACUCUUAACAUCUGCUACACCUUCCUCCUGAUCCGGACCUGGAGUCGCAAGGCCACGCGCUCCACCAAGACGCUCAAAGUGGUGAUGGCGGUGGUCACAUGUUUCUUUGUCUUCUGGCUACCCUACCAGGUAACAGGGGUGAUAUUAGCUUGGCUGCCCCGGUCCUCAUCCACUUUUCAGUCAGUGGAGAGGCUGAACUCCUUGUGCGUUUCCCUGGCCUACAUCAACUGCUGUGUUAACCCUAUCAUCUACGUCAUGGCUGGCCAGGGUUUCCAUGGGAGACUCCGAAGGUCACUCCCCAGCAUCAUACGAAACGUGCUCUCUGAGGACUCCUUGGGCAGGGACAGCAAGAGUUUCACUCGGUCCACGAUGGAUACCUCCACCCAGAAGAGUCAGGCAGUGUAGAGGAGAUGCCACAACUGCCUAGCUGCUCCUUUUCCAGUCCUCCUCCCCUUCCUCCUUCCUCCUCUCACCCCUCCUCCCUUCCUCCCAUCUCUUUGCAUGUUUAAUUUUAUGUGAUUCUCUUUAAAUUGCCCUGACUAGCCUUGAGCCCAGGAUGCUCACGGAUGCUGAGAUUAUAGGUAAAAAUUCCUUUGGAGAGAAACAUUACAUUAAGAUAUUACUGGGCUUUUUUUCUGAGGCAGGCCUUGGCCUCGUUGCCCAUCUGCAGUGUCUAGGCAGAUACACCUAGUGAUGACGUCUAGGGGUCAGGUAACAGAGAACCCAGGUCUCGAGGGAACCCGGGGCUCACGGAUACACUACGUGAGUAAGCUAUAGCCCUAGACUCCAGGCAACAAAUAAGCACCCACCCUUUAUUUCUUUUCUAUGUCUGAUUUUUUUGUUUAUUUGAGACAAAGUCCAUGUAGGCUAGUCUAGCCAUGGACUCCUCCUGUGAUCAUCCUCCAGAGGUCGAGACUGUAGACCUGUGCUACCAUGCCCGACCUAUCCUUUAUUUCUGCAAUUUUGUCUUUUCAAAAAUGGUAUUCGACAGAACCCAACAUAUCCAAGUUUUGUAAAAACAACUGUGCACGGCUUACACGAUAAAAAAUUUUUGUUUUUUUAAAAAGGUACAGAAA